AUGACUGGGCGCAAAAGCGCUGUACCGUGGCUCACGUGGACAGAGUGGCAGGACGUGCACGAGGGGCUAUUCAGCAGCGACCCGUACGCCCAACAGCGCAGUAUCUCCCGCGUAACAGCCUGGAGAAGCCGCACGCAGCUCCCCGUGGCCAUAAACGCCACUGCGCAGCUGGUGGAGCUCCAGCUUCACGAGUCCAUGGCCCAGCACCAUCACCAUGCAAUAGGCGUGAGUUCCCGAUCCCAUAUGGAGCUGUCCCUUCUAUACGCAAACGUCAUUGUGCGCUGCGUGAACGGCCUUGCGGACAGUGCACAGAAAGGCGCUUAUGCCUCGGCCGUUAGUACAUUAGCACAGCGCAUUGGGAUUCCGCUGUGGGUCGUGGAUCUGCGCCAUGAGUCGACGCAUAACCAGUUGCCUUCGCUGCCGGUGCUUCGAUUCGCUGCUUGCCAUCUAUUGGCGUGGCUUCGGGUCAAUUAUUGGGGCGCUCAGGAAGAUCUGAUUCGAGAACAGGUGCAUCAUGUGGCUCAGUGGUUGUUUGAGCAGUUGCCGCACUUGCAUCAGGAGCCAAGUGAUGCGGAAAUGCAAGUGGAGUUGAUCCGAGGUUCCGAUGCUGUGGAGAUGCAAACGACGUCGAAGUUGAGGCUGAAUGUGGACAAUCUGCGGAAUGUUGUGGGGCCUUUGCUGGUUGACGGCGAGCAGUUUCGAGAGCGUGUGGCGGCAUCUGGACUUUUAUUUGCCAACCAACUUCUGCUCAUGGAAGAACAAGACGUGAAAGACGUUGCAGAGGUGUUUCAAGACGAAAUGAAUGCAGCUGUUGCUUUGUUGUUGCGCCUGCAGCCGUUGUGGCGGAGCUUUAGUGCGUCGCUGUUAGCGACGUUAUGUCAAACAGUAUUCGACGUUAUUUGUCCACCGAGACAGUCUCGCUGGUCGAGUGAAGAUGCCGAAGGGCCAAAAGGACAUGACAAACAAGAUGAUGAUACGGUUGAGACGAGUGAGGUGGAGAUGACAUUGCGGUGGAUUAAGUUCAUGGCGAGCAGCGAGUAUCGUGAGAAAGUAAAGCUUCAGAUAGGUCCUGUCGAAGAUCUGUGCCACUGCGGCGCUGAGAUGCUAACUCUUGCCGAAAACGUGAAGUCUGAUGGUGUAGCAGGUGAUCGAGAAGAGCUAUUAGAGCGUUUGAUCGCAGCAUUGCGGUCUAGUAGGGCGGUCAGACACCAUCCAUUGCUAGCAACCGAAGCGGCAAUUGCCACCAGCUUAGCGUCCACAUCGGCAUCAGGUUGGACCCAACUUCCUGCGUGGUGGGAAAGCCCCAUCGGUCUUCGCUAUUGCUACACACCGUGCCACGCCUUGAACCAGCAUCAAGUGCGCGAGUACGCGCUUGACGAUGAUAGCCUCAUGCAAGACUCUACGACAUUUGUCAUUCCUGAUGAAGCGGUCAGCAAAAGCGACGCUGACGAUGUCAUGGAUGCAUUGAUGGAGGGCUUGGAUGCAACCUACGUCGCUGCUCUUCAGCGUAUUCUUACUUUGCAGGCCGCGAUUACUCGAGAUGGCCUCCGUCAAGGCGGUAGCACAACGGUGUUGCCGAAACUAGAGCUUCAGCGUAUUCAAGAAGAGAUUGAGAUUUGGUGA